AUGGCUUGUUCUCUUCCAUCGACGCCUCCAGCAUCGAUGCCUCCCACAACCAUCGAUUCCUUCCACGAUCAUCGACCCCUCCACCAUCGACACCUGCGACCUCCAAAAUCCUCCCUGCCUCCGACGAUCUCCUCCCUGCCUCCGACGAUCUCCUCCGGCGAUCUCCAUUGUUGUCCUCUGCUACGCUCCUCCUUCCCCGCAACCGGUGUAGCCAUCCUCCUUCCACGCAACCAACAACGUUUCCCUAGAAACAAACAGGUCUCCAAAGGGAAGAUGAUAAUGGACAUGAAGAAUACCAGGUCUACAAAGGGAGGGUGUCGGAGAGUUAUGGACAAUGAUUGUUGUUUUCAGCUUCAUGAUCAUGAUAUUAAAGGUAAAGAAGGUUUAGUUCAUGUCUCACAAAUGGAUACAACUACAAGAAGAAUCCUGACUGCAAAAGAUGUUGUCAAAAGAGAUCAAGAGAACACCACCGUUCAGGAGGAAACCCCGAUGAAGAACACCGCCACCACCACCAGAACAACCACCAGAGUCACCUUGAAUUUUCGUUUGUUAGCUCGAGUAGAGGGGCGCAGAUGGUUAUCUAAAGUAAAGAGAAACGCUGCUACAAGUAUACACCACUCUUCUUCUGGAAAACAACCAGCCCCUCAAACCUCCAUUUCGCAAUCGCAAAUGAACAGAGACACAACUUUUGAUUUACCAACGAAAGAAGACAAAAAGACGAUGAUUACCACCAGCAAGGAUAACAUGCCUCCACAACAACCCAAAUGUAUUGUUAUUACUGAUGAAGAUCACUGUGAACAACAAGAGGGUAAGAAAGUUAAAAACAUAAAGGAGAACGUUUCUGAGGAACGAAAUCAAGAAGAAAUCGUCUUGAAGCAUGCCAUACAAGGGGUUAAUGAAGAAAAGAGGAAAAACCCUACACAAGAAUCCAUUGAAACGCAAUUGAGGAAAGCCCAGAGGAGGGAAGUACUACUGGCCCGAUUGCGUGCCCGGAUUCAGAAGUCGGAGGUCCGAUUUAUGCAUAUCGAGGAACAAAAUCAUACCUGCUGUGAAGAAGCCCGUGGAUGA